GUGAUGCAAACCGAGGACGUUGAUGUUAAAAGGCCGACGGGUGCGUACGGAAUCGACUCGUUGGUGGCAGUCGAGCUGAGAAACUGGUUCUCGCGCGACGCAAGGGUCGAGGUGCCCGUCUUUGAGAUCCUGCAAGCAUCGUCGCUGGCGGGAGUGGCCAAGGCUGUCGCCAGAAAGUCGCCGCUCUUGAAAAUUUCUUGA